ACGGAAAGCCAUUAGCGCAUUCGGCUAUAUUUACGUCCGUAGAAUGCCGAAUUUCAUAACGAAUGUACAUAUUCAUACGGAUAUUGCCGAGUCAACUAAAUGUACCGUGCAGAGUUUAGAAAGUAACAACACGCUAAUAUCACGUGCCUGCUAUGGAAACACAACAAAAAAAUAUUCAUUAAUACCAAGCAAAGACAAAAAUGCGUUUAUCCGAUACUUGUUUACAUUUUAUUGCCACGUAUUGAUCAGCUGGAUCCUAUGAUUUGUUGUUUUUGCGUCAUUGUUUGCCUGGUGAUCAAUUCUGAUGAGCAGGUGAACCAAUUAUAUGAUCACGGAAUCUAACAUUUCAAUAAAUAUUUCAGCAUUCGAUAAAUAAGUGACUUUUACAAAACAGAUACUUAAUCUGAAAGAAUAUAACAAACCGUUCCGAAUCAGAGCAGCGACCGGAUUGAAAAUGGAACCUUCUAUGAUUCAAACAGUGACUGCUAUUGUAUCUCUGUUCAUUCUGAUACAACUUUGCACCAGCGCGGGAUAUGAUGAAGCGUGCACUGAUAAUUCUGCAUGUACCGAAGCCAAUACGUAUUGUCAGGCCAGCGUUAGCCCAACUUGCAACAAGGGAACGUGCAAAUGUCUCAGGCAUAUGGUAUGGGAUGCCAACCACUCAAAAUGCAAGGUAAAAAAGUAUUAUCAUGACAAAUGCAACAUGACCUUGACCGCUUGCCAAGGUGGAAGUGAGUGUAGUGUUUCAGACGGACAGUGCAUGUGCAAUGGAGACACGAAUUUUUACUACGCGUCUCUGCAGAAAUGCAUCGAUCAUACUCCAACUUGGAAAGUGAUUGGAGAAGAUUGUACGACUGUUGAUGACUGCUACCAGGAGAUAUCGGGAGCUGUGAAGUGUGCCAUUCCCACCGGAAGUACAGGGUCGCAGAAAAAAUGCACAUGCGCCCCCGGUUACAUAGAGGACAGAUCUUCGUGCAGAAAACCGCAUUACGGCGAAUCUUGUACAACAACAGUUGACUGUGCCCAGGAGAUUGCCCUCAGUGAAACCUCGGUAGUCGUAGAAACAUGCUCGAACACAUCUCCCAAAAUCUGCACUUGCCCAACCGGUUCCACUGAAAAAUCCAUUGAACGAGACGGUCUUAUUGCAAGUAUUUGCCUUACUGACAGCACAGGUACGCUGUUAUCAAAGGGUACAGCUUGCCAAGCAUACAAUGAGUGUGAAACAUCAAAAUGCAUGAUGUGUCCAGAGGACACGAGUAAAAAAUGCGUCGCUGCCCCAAGCUCAUAAUUUUGAAUGUGAGAAAAAAAGAACAUUUGGAGCAUUUUACAGGGAACACGGGAAAGAAAAAAGGACCUUUAAUUUUGUACGACGAGGUCGAGUUCACGACCAAAGGGCUUUUAAAAUUACGUUUCUCUAGGUUAUUGAAAGUGCAAAGAAAAAUGCCAUAUUUAGAAAGAUACUGAGUGUGAAUGAAUUGUUUUCUUCGCUUUUAUCUAAAGCCUUGAUUGCAGUAUAUUGUAAAAAAUAUUGAUUUCGUUUCAAUGCACGAUGAGUCCUGUUUUUAUCCUGUUGUUUGAUUUAGUCUUCUGUUACAGAGUUGAUCUAAGGAAAGAAAUGAGAAGCUUCCGUUUUGUCCGAUAGAAAAUUUUCGCAGUGUUAGCUACAUAAUAACCUAACCACAUUUAAAGAAUGAAAUAUCUGAUUGUGUACUAUUUUGUAUCUCCCAAAGGGUGUUGCUCUACAGAGGUUGCACUGUAAUUCGGGUCAUGCUUUGUGUUGAUGAUAGUUAAGUUAAAUAUAUGUAUCAUACAGUCACAUGAACUUUACUAAAUAUAGUUAUCUGUGUAUGUUGGGUUUAUUUCUAAAUUCUGUUUUGUGAAUUAAGUAGAUUGUCAUUUAUUUCGCGUUGCUCUUUAUUAACUUUAUUAAUUGUGUGUUUUAGGAUUGUGCGUUUACUGAUCAAGUGUUCGCUUAAUUUACUAUACAAGUUUUGAGCUGAAUGACUAUUGCUUUACGUUGAAAUUAAAAUUUAGACGUUUUCGUCGACCUUGUUAUAUGUUUUAUAUACAGUCACUGUGUUGAUAGUUUUCUGAAAUUCACAAUGUGAAGUGUUUAUAUCGAUAUGUUUUAACCCUUAUCCUGCUAUAUUUCUAUAAUGAACUUGUCCGUCUUUCAAUUUGGACAGUACCAUUAACUGUUGAACGGGAUCCAUACCAAAAAAAUGACUGAAUGGCGAACAGUGCAGGUUAUGAUCAGACUGCACGGAUGCAAGGCUGUGUAGGCUGAUCAUGAUCUGCACUGGUUGCAAAGGCAUUAUCAAUCGUGUCCAGCAUGAUAAGGGUUAUGUGGCUAUUUCUUAGUAUGUAGUGUUUAAUUUAAAGUUUAUUACUUAUUAAAAUUCACGGACCUUUAAAAUUCAGCAUUUUUUCAUCGACCUUUGUCAGUGUUAAUAUUGUUGAAUGCUGAAGCAGAAGUAGUGUAUAUGUUGUCAAUGACUACCUUCGAUCUAACCAUAACUUCCCGCGUUUCCCGUGGCCGAACGGUUAAGGUCGUUGACUU